AUGGAUCACAGGGCGAAGCGGGUGGCGGUCGUGGGCGCCGGCACGAGCGGCCUGGCGGCGUGCAAGCACCUCCUGGCGCGCGGCUUCCGGCCGGUGGUGUUCGAGGCCGGGGAGUCCGUGGGCGGGCUGUGGACGCGCACGCUCGCCUCCACCAGGCUCCAGUCCCCCGCCGUCGCGUACCGCUACUCCGACUUCCCGUGGCCGGACUCCGCCGACGUGUUCCCGCGCCACGACCAGGUUGUUGACUACCUCGCCGCCUACGCGCGCCGCUUCGGCAUCGACGAGUGCGUCAGGUUCAGGAGCACCGUCGUCUCCGCGGAGUACGUCGGCGCCCAGCCGGAGGACGCGGCGGACGGGUGGGAGCGGUGGGCCGGCAACGGCGAGGCGUUCGGCGAUGGCACGGGCGUCUGGCGCCUCACCGUGCGCCAACACGGCGCCAGCGAGAAGGAGCCGGAGAUGGAGAUGCACGAGUUCGACUUUCUGAUCCUCUGCAUCGGCAGGGUUAGCGGCGUGCCCAACAUACCGUCGUCGUUCCCGGCCAACGGCGGCCCAGAGGCGUUCCGGGGGCGCGUGCUCCACUCCAUGGAGCUCUCCAACAUGGACGACGCGGCCGCCGCUGCGCUGGUGAAGGGCAAGCGCGUGGCCAAGUCUAAGUCACACGCGACGCACGCGUAG